AACUGAAUCUGAAAUGUCUGAAUUUAUCCUCCAAUCGCCUCAGGGGACCAAUCCCGGCCAAGUUAGAGAACGCCGCAUAUGACACCAGUUUCCUGAACAACCCCGGGCUCUGUGCAUCCAAUUCGUUCAUGAGGAUCAAUGUCUGCAACGCCCAAUCCCAUAGAUUGAGCAAGACCAAUCUCACCUUGAUCGUGAUCUUGGCCAUUGCGGCAGCGAUCUGCAUUUUGUUGGUGGUGCUCUUCACGAUCAGAGCUUCCAGAAAGAACAGGGAUUGGUCUGAUUCAACUCCAAAACUGACUUCAUUCCAAAGUUUGAAUUUUACGGAAUCGAAUAUUCUGUCGGGAUUGAAGGAGCCUAAUGUGAUUGGAAGUGGUGGAUCAGGAAAAGUAUAUCGCAUUAUUGUGAAUCCUUCUGGUGAUACCGUCGCUGUGAAAAGGAUUUCAAAUAACCAAAAGUUAAAUGAGAAGCUGGAAAAGCAAUUCGCAGCAGAAGUGGAGAUACUUGGGAACAUUAAGCAUCGGCACAUUGUCAAAUUGUUAUGCUGUAUUUCUUGCAUGAACUCGACACUCCUAGUGUAUGAGUACAUGGAAAAUAGCAGCUUGGACCAUUGGCUUCACAAGAAGAAAAGAUUGUCGCCCAUCUCGGGUGUUGCCAACGAUAUGAUCUUGGAUUGGCCCAAAAGGUUGCAGAUUGUGCUCGGAGCAGCUAAAGGACUUUGCUAUAUGCAUCAUGAUUGUUCACUGCCCAUCAUCCACCGAGACGUAAAAUCGAGCAACAUUCUUUUAGACUCCGAGUUCAAUGUGAAAAUUGCUGACUUCGGCCUUGCAAGAAUGUUGGCCAAGCAUGGAGAAGCUGUCACGUUCACAGGAGUAGCAGGAUCUGCCGGCUAUCUUGCACCAGAGUAUGCUCACACAACAAAAGUUAAUGAGAAGAUCGAUGUUUAUAGCUUCGGGGUCGUUCUCUUGGAAUUGACCACCGGGAGGGAGGCUAAAGGCGGGGAUGAAGACAUGUGCCUCGUCGACUGGGCAUGUCAUCACAUCCUAGAUGGCAAGGCGAUAGCUGAUGCGAUAGAUGAGAAGAUCAACCAUGACUCGUUCCUAGGUGAAAUAAGCAAUGUCUUUAAGCUCGGGAUCUCUUGCACCGUGAAGCGUCCUUCCAAGAGGCCUCCAAUGAAGAAGGUAGUGCAAGCGCUGCUCAAAUGUAGUGAUCCGCUUGACGUUGUCGAGCAGACAUCCCGCCAUAACUUAGACGUCACCCACCUCCUCCGAAAUCCUGAGCACGAUGAAAUGCCGCAGAGCACUCGUCGCCUUCUCAGGUGCAACACUUACUGACUCUUAGCACUAAAGAUAGUUGCAGAAGCUUUGUGAAGUGAUUUGGAUUCCCAACUUCUGGAAAUCUAUUUUCUGAUUCAGCAGAUGCAAAGUGGGUGCUUUUAUAAUCACAAAUCACCCAUCUGGGGUUUUAUGUAUUGGAUGUUAUCUUGGAUGUGAUUAUUUGAAUAAGGUGGCAAUGAAGGGUCUAUGGUUGGUGAAGAUUUGGCACUUUGUAUUCGCUUUACCUCAAUUCAAAUCGGUUCUUAUUGGA